CCAACUGCCCCUGCCUGCCUGCCAUCCGAUCUAUAGAAUGAUGUCAGGGUGAUAAAGUCCACAACAAUUACACCUGCGGGUGGUUUGCACCCUUGAACACACACCUCCAUCUUUCACGUUGACAUUGUGCGACUGCUGCUUGUCGACAACCGAACCCAUGACGCGAACAUAUACAUUUGCGGGAGUCGCCGUGAUCACGGGAGCCGGCGGAACUGGUAUCGGAGCCGCAGUCGCAAAGGAAUUCGCCUCGGCAGGAUGCGAGAGAAUCGCCAUCACAGACCUCAAUCCGGACUCGCUGAACAACACGAAAGAAGCCGUUUCGGCCGCGUCCCCUCACGUGCGCCUCUACGCGAAAGCCGGAGAUAUCUCCGACGAAGGUUUCGUGGAAUCGUUCAUUGGAGAAGUGGUCUCAGAGUUCGGACGAGUUGAUUAUGCGGUUAAUUGCGCUGGUGUACUGGGGGACGCCCUGCGGUCGACGGACACACCUACCGAGACCUUCGACCGGAUCAACAACAUCAACUACCGGGGUUCUUGGCUUUGUUCGCGGGCGGAACUGAGACAGAUGCUCAAGCAGGAUCCCUUGCUCAGCCAUGAUCCGGCCCGCGAGCCCCAGCGAGGAGCCAUCGUCAACAUCGCAAGCCAGCUGGGCAUAGUCGGGCGCCCGAGUGCUCCGGCAUACUGUAGCUCCAAGGCUGCUAUCAUCGCAAUGACCCGCUCCGAUGCCAUUGACUAUGCGCGCGAUGGUAUCAGAGUGAACUGCGUCUGUCCGGGAGUCAUUGAAACCCCCAUGACCACCUACAGCGACGAAGUCCGCGAACGUCUCCGACCGGCCGUGGAGAUAGCACCCAUGAAGCGGAUGGGGAAGCCCGACGAAGUCGCGGAUGCAGUGCUCUUUCUAUGCUCGACCUUUGCGUCCUUCAUCCAAGGACAUGCUCUGGUGGUGGAUGGAGGGUAUGUGAUUAACUAAGGUUCAUGAAGUGACUAUGUUCAAUGAUGAUUGAUGAC